AUGGGCGAUCUGCUCACAACUCCAAAUGACUUCAUCACCCCGCCCCAUUCUCCCGAUUUCCAUCACCCCGCCCCAUUCUCCCUCUUUCCAUUACCCCGCCCCAUUCUCCUGCUUUCCAUCACCCCGCCCCAUUCUCCCUCUUUCCAUCACCCCGCCCCAUUCUCCCGCUUUCCAUCACCCUGCUCCAUUCUCCCGCUUUCCAUCACCCCGCCCAAUUCUCCCGCUUUCCAUCACCCCUCUCCAUUCUCCCUCUUUCCAUCUCCCCGCCCCAUUCUCCCCCUUUCCAUCACCCCGUCCAACUCUCCCUCUUUCCGUCACCCCGCCCCAUUCUCCCUGUUUCCAUCACCUCGCCCCAUUCUCCCUCUUUCCAUCUCCCCGCCCCAUUCUCCCGCUUUCCAUCACCCCGCCCCAUUCUCCCUCUUUCCAUCACCCCACCCCAUUCUCCCGCCUUUCAUCACCCCGCCCCAUUCCUCCCGCUUUCCAUCACCCCGCAUAAUUCUUCCGCUUUCCAUCACCGCGCCCCAUUCUUCCGCUUUCCAUAACCCCGCCCCAUUCUCCCGCUUUCCAUCACCCCGCCCCAAUCUCCUUCAUUCCAUAACCCCUCCCCAUUCUCCCGCUUUCCAUCACCCCGCCCCAUUCUCCCGCUUUCCAUCACCCCGCCCCAUUCUCCUUCUUGCCAACACCCCGCCCCGUUCUCCCGCUUUCCAUCACCCCGCCCCAUUCUCCCGCUUUCCAUCACCCUGCCCCAUUCUCCCGCUUUCCAUCACCCCGCCCCAUUCUCCCUCUUUCCAUCACCCCGCCCCAUUCACCCGCUUUCCAUCACCCCGCCCCAUUCUCCCGCUUUCCAUCACCCCGCCCCAUUCUCCCGCUUUCCAUCACCCCGUCCCAUUCUCCCUCUUUCCAUCACCUCGCCCCAUUCGCCCGCUUUCCAUCACCUCGCCCCAUUCUUCCUCUUUCCAUCUCCCCGCCCCAUUCUCCCUCUUUCCAUCACCCCGCCCCAUUCUCCCGAUUCCCGUCACCCCGCCCCAUUCUGACUCUUUCCAUCACCCCGCCUCAUUCUCCCGAUUUCCGUCACCCCGCCCCAUUCUCCCUCUUUCCAUCACCUCGCCCCAUUCUUCCUCUUUCCAUCUCCCUGCCCCAUUCUCCCUCUCCAUCACCCCGCCCCAUUCUCCCUCUUUCCAUCACCCCGCCCAAUUCUCCCUCUUUCCAGCACCCCGCCCCACUCUCCCUCUUUCCAUCACCCCGCCCCAUUCUCCCGAUUUCCGUCAUCCUGCCCCAUUCUCCCUCUUUCCAUCACCCCGCCCCAUUCUCCCUCUUUCCAUCACCCCAACCCAUUCUCCCGCUUUCCAUCACCCCGCCCCAUUCUCCCUCUUUCCAUCACCCCGCCCCAUUCUCCCGCUUUCCAUAACCCUGCCCCAUUCUCCCGAUUUCCGUCACCUCGCCCCAUUCUCCCUCUUUCCAUCACCCCGCCCCAUUCUCCCGAUUUCCGUCAUCCUGCCCCAUUCUCCCUCUUUCCAUCACCCCGCCCCAUUUUCCCUCUUUCCAUCACCCCAACCCAUUCUCCCGCUUUCCAUCACCCCGCCCCGUUCUCCCUCUUUCCAUCACCCCGCCCCAUUCUCCCGCUUUCCAUCACCCCGCCCCAUUCUCCCUCCUUCCAUCACCCCGCCCCGUUCUCCCGCUUUCCAUCACCCCGCCCCAUUCUCCUGCUUUCCAUCACCUUGCCCCAUUCUCCCGCUUUCCAUCACCCCGCCCCAUUCUCCCGCUUUCCAUCACCCUGCCCCAUUUUCCCGCUUUCCAUCACCCCGCCCCAUUCUUCCUCUUUCCAUCACCCCGCCCCAUUCUCCCGCUUUCCAUCAACCCGCCCCAUUCUCCCGCUUUUCAUCACCCCGCCCAAUUCUCCCUCUUUCCAUCACCCCUCCCCAUUCUCCCUCUUUCCAUCACCAUGCACCAUUCUCCCGAUUUCCAUCACCCCGCCCCAUUCUCCCUCUUUCCAUUACCCCGCCCCAUUCUCCUGCUUUCCAUCACCCCGCCCCAUUCUCCCUCUUUCCAUCACCCCGCCCCAUUCUCCCGCUUUCCAUCACCCUGCUCCAUUCUCCCGCUUUCCAUCACCCCGCCCAAUUCUCCCGCUUUCCAUCACCCCUCUCCAUUCUCCCUCUUUCCAUCUCCCCGCCCCGUUCUCCCCCUUUCCAUCACCCCGUCCAACUCUCCCUCUUUCCGUCACCCCGCCCCAUUCUCCCUGUUUCCAUCACCUCGCCCCAUUCUCCCUCUUUCCAUCUCCCCGCCCCAUUCUCCCGCUCUCCAUCACCCCGCCCCAUUCUCCCUCUUUCCAUCACCCCACCCCAUUCUCCCGCCUUUCAUCACCCCGCCCCAUUCCUCCCGCUUUCCAUCACCCCGCAUAAUUCUUCCGCUUUCCAUCACCCCCCCCCAUUCUUCCGCUUUCCAUCACCCCGCCCCAUUCUCCCGCUUUCCAUCACCCCUCUCCAUUCUCCCUCUUUCCAUCACCCCACCCCAUUCUCCCGCUUUCCAUCACCCCGCCCCAUUCUCCCUCUUCCAUCACCCCGCCCCAUUCUCCCGCCUUUCAUCACCCCGCCCCAUUCUCCCGCUUUCCAUCACCCUGCCCAAUUCUCCCGCUUUCCAUCACCCCGCCCCAUUCUCCCGCCUUCCAUCACCCCGCCCCAUUCUCCCUCUUUCCAUCAACCCGCCCCAUUCUCACGCUUUCCAUGA